AUGACCGCAUGGAUGAUUCUCCGACGACAUAAUGGAUCAAUUAUUUUUGCGGCAUACCGGUAUAUUUCCAGUCGCAUUGAUACACUGAAAGUGAAGAUACAUGCACUUAUGCAAGGGAUGACAUUUGCUAUACAAUACUUCAAUCUUUCGGUGAUUGUUCAAUCUGAUUCUGGUGUGGCUUUAUCAAGUUUGACAGGAGACGGAUUAAUUCGUUCUGUCUAUGGACAUCUCGUAACUGAAAUUAAGACGAGGGGCAGGAAGUUUAUAUCUCAGAAAUUAAAUAGGGAUCAAAAUAAAGUUGUCGACCGCCUGACAAAUUAA